AUGAAAGAGCUGUUCGGAAGACAGGUGAUUUCGAAACUCGAAAAGGAUCCGUAAAAAAUAAGGAAUCAAUCGAUAAUGGACAUUUGCGUGGAGCGGAGAGGAAGUGGACGAAUUGGGGGUAGGCGCGCGUAGCGUACAAGGUGACCUGCGAAAGGUGACCUCCCUUUUCCUCCUCUGCCUACCUAUUCACCUGGCUCAGGUAGGUGGUUACUCACCGGCCACAUCAACAAACAGUCGACAACUUCAGUGAGGCAAAAACGCAGUAUGAAUAUAUUUCGAGAACAGCGAAUAGGUUCCAAAAAAAAACCUUUAAAAAAAAAGGUUCUGAGGAUUUUGUGGAUGCAAAAUAAGAUGCUGAGUUGAUACAGGUUGAUCCAAAAAAUUUAUUUGUUUUAAACAAAUUUUGAGAGCUUUUCAACUGGAAAAAUGCUCCAUUGAGGCUGAAUUGAUCCUACUUUAACAUGUUUUUAGCCCUCUUGCCUGAAAAAAGGCCAAAGAAAGACUGAAACAGAAAUGAUUACAAUGAACGACGGUUGUGGUAUUAUAUAAAACAGCAAGAAUCUAGUAAUUUCCAAGAUCUUAACAUUUAGAGUUUGAAGAAACGUUUUAAAACCAAUUUUUUCGGAUCCAAAUGAGUACUAGAAUGACAACGACAUCAACUCUAAAAAAUUCAAGAAAAAGACUGAACAGGGCCAUAUCUCCUGAAAAAUAGGGCCGAAUAGAAAAGAAUACUGCCUUUUCAAAAACAAAUUGUGGAAACCUUUUUCGAUUCUGCGCACGUUCUGAAACGACACGGCGAUUUCCAUGUUAAACAGGGUAUUAUGGUGGUGUGGAAUGUGGAAAUGACAGCUCUACUGAUUGUUUUGUUCGAGUCUAUUCUAGAGAAAAACUGUGAAAGACCCGAAGUUUCCACUCAUCUUUGAAAUAAGAGCAACUUCCUUUUUAAAUUUUCAAACGAUCACCCUUUUUCUUUAUAUAUCGGUUCGUCGAGCCAAACAGUUUUUUUCAAAAUCAAAAGCAGAAAAACGGAAAACGCCCCUUGAGUGACCACUUACGCCGCUUUGAAUAUCACUUCAAAAGACCGCCGACUUUGUGUUUCCGCGGCGAUGUCGGAGUAGUUUCUCGAGAUAUUCAAUCUUCUAGUGAAACCCAAAAUUUGACGGGAAAGUCUGCUCUUUAGAUACGGGACUAUCUUCGAGAAGUAAAAACUUUGCGUUAGACAAUUUAGUAACCAAAUUUCGUGAAAAAAACUACGAUACAUCAAGCCAAAACGGAUCUAUGUAGCAGGGUGCGACCUGCAAAUUUGCCAUCUAUUCAUCUCUCACUCAACUGCCAAAACAAUCAGAUUUUCGCGCGAUCAACUUUCAGGGUCAUCCCCGCCGUGCGACUGUAAUUAAUUCCAUUCGAGGGAUGCAGAAAAACCGUCGAUGGCUGCGAAUGAAAUGAAGCGUACAGGAGUACCUCCUUUGUCUCUGGCUGACUUUUCUUUUUUCUUCCUUUUCAUGGAAGGAGACAACAAACAUAUCUCAGGUGAGCCCCGACUUCCUGCACAGAGCCCGAGGGGCAAUUUGGACCUUUUCCAUCGGUCGCCGAAAAACCCCAUAAUACUGCCGUUUUUUAUUCUCUCAGCUACACCUUUCUGCUUUUUAUAUAGUAUUCUCAAUAGAUAGAAUGAGAUAAAUGGGAUAUUUUUCGCUUAUUUUUGACAAUUCUAAUGAGUUCUCAACCCCUCCCUGCCUUUGAACAAGUGAAAAAAACUCAACCCGGUGGGCUUUUUUUAUAAAACAUUGUAUUAAAGUGGCUACUUUCAUUUUUUUAGCUUUAACUUAUAUUGAAGAUCGUUGAAAUAAAGCUCGCACCAAAAUAGAGCUCCAUGCGGUUCUGGCCUUUUUUGAGGAAAAGAAAGUUGUGAACGAAGUAUACUCUCUUCAAAAGAUAGGAUGAGAUCCAAAUUACCUUUCUAUAAAGCUUAUUUGUAUUAAUUUACCUUUUUACAGACACAACGCGGGAAAAUGAUCCAAAACGUGGCCGAUGGCAUGGCCAACAUCCUCACGACGGGUUAGUUUUUUCUUUAACUCGUAUUGGCAUUUAUCUAAUGGUCUUUGAUCUUGUGUGAAUUGACAUAGACCAUGAAAAGUGCAUUCCAGCCGAAAAUUUUGAAAAAACUUUAAAACAAAUAAUUUUUACCCGAGGAAUUCGAAAUUGCGCCCUAAAUAUCGUACACUAGCGUGUUCACUCAACUAUGCUUUUAGCUUAUAAAAUAACUGAAUAAGCAAGGUGAAAAAGACGCAGUCAGCUUGAUUAAAUACUAAAGGAAAGAGACUACAUGAAAUUAACCGCGCGCCUUGUAAAGUCACAGAAACCAUUGGUAAAAAAAAGCGGGUCAAUCGAGAAAAAGCCCUAAAUCACAAGGACAAAAGGCACUAGAAAAGCCAAAAGGCGGCUCAGAAAGAACAUCCAAAAAUCCACGAGGCGUGAGUGCUAUUAUGAGCCGACAUCCGGUUGUCCCUCGCCGUCGCCACUAAAAAAAAUCCUUCCAAUCCUACAACUCAACUUUUCACCUUUGCCGUUGGCCUACGACUUGAAUCUUAUAUAUAUUCAUCACUACGCUGAGAUGACGUGAACAUUUUUCUGAACGUCAUGUCGACGUCUAGCAAGAAGACGGAUUCUUUGGAAAUCGUCGACAGCCGAAAUUCUACUCAAAGAAGACGUGGAUCUCAUGAACGAGCGUCUUCACGACGUCGAGAGAGUAUAUCGGAUCGAGAGAGGCGUUAUUCUAAUCGGAAUCCUUCCCCGGGUAUUUCUUACUACUCUUCUAGUUUUUCUAGUGACAAGGCUUCAAUUGUUAAUUUUAGUUGUAAAAAAAAACUGAUCAACAGGUCCAAACGUUGACAGUUCUGAUAUUCUCCUCAAAGGCCCAGUCUUCUCAAUGAGACCAAGCUCAGUAGAUACGUUCUCUGACACGGGGCGCCAAAAGGUCGCCACAACUGUUUCUCUGACCUACACUAUUUCCUCGUUUUCUAGCAGCUAGAUAACGACUAAAUAGUGUGUGUCAGAGAGAUAGUUCUUUUGGCGCCCUGCGUCAAAGUUGUUUAUUCGAUUUCCAGAUCAUAACUCAUAAAAUCUUUUUUUUUUCUGUAAUUCAAAAUUCCUUCUAUAAUCCAAUAACUUCAGCCAGCUUUUGUUCAAAUAUCUCUUUCUCUCUCUCUCUGGAUUUUAUACCAGUUUACAGCGAAAUUCUUUUAAUUCUGAACAAUAUCGAUUUCGAAGAAAAAUGAGAAAAAAACCUUGAAAUUCCGCUCAAAAUAUUUGCAAGUGAAAGUUGAAACUAACAUAGUGGUCACAAAACAGAAUAAAGUCAGGAAAUCGUGCAGAAAACCAAAAAAAUGUGCUUUUUGAGAGAAAUUUGAGAAAAUUUAGACUCCCAAGUUUUUUUUCAUCAAGAUCACAUCAAGUACUAGAAAAGAGGCAUAAAGGAGAGAACAGACCAAAAAAGUCAACUGAAAACGAUUUCUCACGCUUGGGUUACUCCGAGGCUCUCCUCCGGCUUAAUCUUGACUGACAUCUUUUGCAAAUAAUACUUUUUCUUUAUGUUUCCAAUCGAUAAUUUCAUCAUUUUCUGCUAAAAUAAUCCACUUCUGAAGACUUCAAAAAUACAGAGAAACAGUCGUUUCCUCAAGAACAAACACGAACAAAAGCUAUUUUUCAGCAGAAAAAGUGCGAGGAUGGAAGCUUGUCCAAAAAACUCUUCCUCGAAUUAUCGAGUACGGUAGAAGUGAAGGAAUUCUACAAGUUCAGGCGGUUUGUAUAACUCUAUGGUCCUUCUGCCGUUAGCUUAGGAAAAAUGAUAUUCCUACUGAUGAGUAAUUCAUCAACUUUCGAAAACAAAUGACAAGUUUUUGGUAAAAUGGACUGUUGUUUCGAGAUCUUCAUAGACAUCGUUUAUGCUCCUUUGAAAGUCCUAUCCGGGAAUUUAGAACCAAAUACCUUAAUUUUCAGACUUCAAAUGCGUUCAACAUAACUGGAAUCGUUAUAGCGGCACAGGAGGAAGCCCACACGCAGAAAGAGCCGAGGGCUGGGGAUAAGGUAAGAAAAAACUAUCAGAUUCGAGUUUUUUAAAAAUUUUCUGAAGAGUACCCAUAUAUUUAUAACUUGAAAAUCGGCUCUUUCUACUCGGAGAAUAGCAUAAAACUUUGUUUUUUUUUUUUUGAAAAAGAGAGAAACGCUACAUUUUAGGUGAACCUACCAACGAACGACAUUACAAUGAUGCACGAAGCCAUUCCUUUCCUGCCUGUCCCAGUGGCCAUCACCUGUCUCAUCUUCAAUAUUCUUAUCCCUGGUUCAGGUACGCAUUUGGAUUUUUCAUUCUGUUAUCUUCUUUUCUGGAAACGAGAAUAUCUUCUCCAGGUACCAUCUUAUCAGGCUUCUCAGCGCUUUGUAUGGGACAACCUCGCGUGAAUAUGAAAGAAGGAAGAAAACUGGUCACUCUUGUUGUCAAUAUCUUGGUAUCUAAACUUCAUUCAUAAUAACUUUCUUUCGUUUCUAGAAAUGAUAGGAGAACCUUGAAGAAACACCAAUUAAAAAAAACAGAAAAAAACGAAAAAAACUGUAAAUUCAGAGUAAAAUGAUUUUUCGUUUUUUUCUUGUAAUGUGAACGAAUUUUGCCGAUUAUAAUGUUAUUACCUCAUUUUGAGUCCUCCCUGAGCUGUAAAAAAACCGUAAAAAAAUGUAUAGAACUGAUGAUAACUUUCAAUUUGAUAAUAACUUUUUAACUAAAAAAAUAAAGAAAAGACCUAACUUGAGGUGGGAAUCAGCCAGUUUUUUUCACGAUAACCUUCCUAUUCGUCGGUUGGUUUUGGUCAAUCGCCUGGGGCGGUCUACUCCUUAUUCAUUCCAGUUAGUCUAUCAUUUUUACUUAUGAAAUUUUUGUUUUCCAAAGAACAAAAAUUAUGAGCUAGUACCGGCAUUUGCAAUUUUUAAUUUUUUUUUUUUCUUUUUUUUUCUCGUUUUACAAGUUUCGAAAGCUGGGAAUGAAAAUUUUACUCGAAAAAAAGAAAGAAAUUGUUCAGUGCAAUAUCGAGAAGCUUUGCAACAACGACGACAAGAAGCCGUGGCGACGGCCGCUAUUGAAGCCCUCACAAAAGAUUCGAUUCUUCAUAGGCGCGACGUCAAAACUCUCGUCAAGACCCAUAAACAACAAGCAAAAGACAAAAAAUGAAUGUGAUCAUAUUUAUAAAGUCUUUCAUUCUAAUUCGCGGUCUGCAGAAAUUGCGGUCAAAUCGGGGGAGUUUUGAAAAAUGAUGGAAAUACGGCUCAAGAAUUCUCUCCAAUACUCGAAGUUUCAAAAAAAUAAAAUAAAAUAAAAAGCUGUCAGCAUUUAAAAAAAAGCCUCCGGUAUUUUUACAGCCUGCCUCACGUAAAUGGACAAGUGAUUCAUCAUUAAGGCGCGCUUUUUCACACCUCUAUCGUUUUUCUUUUAGUUUCUGAGCAGUUUAGAUAUCACUUAAAAAAAGACGACGCUACUCAAAUCGCUGGUUCUCUUCCUUCACGCCACAGAAUUCUGUCUGUGAGCGAACAAUAAAAAUUUCAUUUCAUUGGAAAAUAAAAACAAAAAAUAUUAUACAACUUGAUUAACUCUCAUCGAGUAAAAACUUUAUGAAUACGAAAAAAAGAUUGAAAUAGGAAAGUUAAAAAGGCACUCAAAAAAAUAAAAUAAGAAUUGUAAGAUUAGAAAAAAAAACGUGAACCCCGUGGCAAGGUAUCAUUUUUAGAAUAUCGAAAAAAUAAACAAUUGCAAAAAACCACGUGACAACGUGUCCUUUCUUCUUGUAUGACUUGGCUUCAUUUAUCAUUCCUGCUUCCUUCACGAGUCGUCUUGUUCCUGCAUUCAACUUCAAGAUGAGUUUUGAACCUCUAUUUAACUUCUAAUUUUCAAAAUAAGUAUCUGUGUUGUAAGCGCUAGUAGAUUAGGCCCGCGGGACUCCCGGAGUGCCGAUCCUCUUUGCUUGCAAAUUGGAUACGCAAAGUCACGCCGAAGCCCAUUCCAGUGGCCGAAGCACAAACUGUUGGCAGUGCGAAACUGACAAAGCGAUGAUGGGACCCCCGCGGAAAAUGCCGUCACGGCUUUCGGCGUCUAGGAUUCUUAGUUCUGACAAGGCCGAGCGGAGCUCUAGCGCACCGCCUAGUUAGUUCAUUCUGACUGAAUAAAGCUUCUCUAACUUACUUACGACUUUACAUAGCUAAUAAGUCAAAACAUCAAAACAACUAUUUAUAUCCUCUUCUCCGCAUUUGAAAGUCUCUUAUCUUUGAAAAUUCAGUUAAUCGCCAUGACAAGAAAUCCGUCUUCCUAGAUCAGUCGCAACGACUUUGUCAAACCAAAUCCAUGGCGGACGGAGUUCGAUCAACUGCGGCUAAACAAUACCAGGUACCAGCCCAAUGCUCUUAAAAGCAGCUGAGGGUUUUUUUGUUUGUUUUAAAUUGCAAAGGAGAAAAGAAAUAACAGUAACUGGGGAGAAAAUAAAUAAAAUUCGCAGAGGAGUAAAAAAAAUAACAGUAACUUCAAACUAGCUGAAUCGCUCCUCCCUAGCACAAAAAAAAAAUGAAAUCAUCUUUCAUUCAAAAUUGAUUGACAUAUUUUAAAAACAGGCUAGCCAGGCUUGUGCGAGGUGCAGAUUGAAAAUAAUUUGAAUUUUUUUCUCAUUUCAAUCUUUUUUUCAUAAUUUUUUUAAUGUUUAUUCGAUGAGAGGUCAACCCUAUAAUCAACCUAUAUAUAUUUUUUUAAAUUUUGCAAUGAAAGAAAUAUUUAUUGUUCACUCACAGACAGAAUUCUGUGGCGUAAAUGAAGAGAACCAGGGACUUUAGUAACGUCAGCUUUUUAAGUGAUCCCUAGAAUUGCUCAGAAACGUCCGAAACAUGUCCGUUCCGCGUUACGAAUGUCCGAGAGAAAUUAGAAGAAAAAAAAAUGAAUCGAAGAGGUGUGAAAAAGCGCGCCCCAAUGAUAAAUCUCUUGUCCAUUUACGUGAGGCAGGCUGUACAAAUACGGGAGGCUCAGUAGAAAUAAUGUCCAGAAAUGAAUGAAGUUUCAGUUUAAUCCAUUAUAAAAAAAAAAAUGAAAAAUGAGACCUGGUACACUCGGAGCUCUGUAGUGGGUGAUAUGUUCAAAAUUUUGCAAUCGGUUUCGGGCGAUUCCUUCAAUCAGUCUUUGCACUGUGAGGAUCUGAAGAAGAAAACUAAAAAAAAAAGUAUAUGAACUUUCGAAGAAUCUAUUGUGAGUGUUUACGAUUUAAAGGAAGUUAUCUUAAUCCUUAGAAACCUCCAAAGACACGGCGUUAACCAAAAGGGUGAAGAAACGUCAAAAAAAAAAAAAAAAUUUGGCACGAAUAUUGAAAUCCCAAUUGCGCAGCCAAAGGCGAUUGAACAAACCAGUUUUAAAAGUUGAAUACUCAUGUAAUUUGUGACGUAGAAUGACGUCAUUUCAUCCGGAGCGCGCACUUACUUUUAUUUUAAAUUCAGAAAGUUUGACGCCUCGCUCACCUUCCCUCACCCCCUAGGGCGCGCCCUUAGUGGCGUGUUCAUCGGACAAAACGUAAAUUGCUCCGAAAAGCAAAAAAUUGCUCCAAAACAAAAGUUAGUACUGUUUUAAAGCAACUUUGGCACGCCGAUGAACACUAUUUUUUGUUUUGAAGCAUGUUCCUUUUCUCCGAUAAACACGCCAUAGGAAUCACGGCGUUUCCAGAGCUAAGUCCCGCCCACAAAACAGUCGUCAAAUAUGAUGUUUCUAGUGCUUUUAUCGCCGACGAAAAUCAACAUACUACCGAACUUUUUGUAAAAUUUAAAUGUACGAUAAAACUUUUUUUUGAUGCUAAUGGCGUGUUCAUCGGAGAAACGGAACAUGCUUCAAAACGUAAAACGUGUUCAACGGCGCGCCAAAGUUGCUUCAAAAAGUAUAGUCUGUUCAGAUUUUGAAUGUCAAGUCGUCGCUCAAGCACGGCGACACCAAAUCGAGUCCCGCCCAUAAUGGUGCGAUGAACCAAUCAGAGAGCGAGCCAUCCACAGAGUGUUUAUGA